ACUGGGCUGUUGUCAAGGUCCAAGAACACGUGUUCCAACGAACGCCUUCAUGACAUCAUUCGAACAUCGGCAGACAUCUUGUGCAUGACCUUGGUGAAUCAUUACGAGAUCACUCGCUCUUUCAAAAGGUACUCGAGUAAUAUAUUCCCCACAGACAUGUUUAUCCUUGUUAAAUACGGGGACGGACAGUGUUGCUUGUUCAACCCGGACUGUAUGGUGGUGAACCUGGUGCGACACAUGCAGGAGAAGUGCGGGUAUCCGAAGGAAACCGGUCUGGACUUGGUGGACCAGAACGGGGAGACCCGCGGACUCUCCCGGCAUCCACCCCGCACCAACGCCGCUAGGCUCUGCGACGACAGGAAUGUCUACAUCCUCGUGAACAUAGCGCGGGGACCAGACGGCUCCUACCGUGACGUCAUCCCCCUGAUCGAAGGAGGCGCCGAUGCGGUUCCAGAACUUUACAAGAAGAUGAGAGUUCAUCUACAGCAGCUCGAACUCCAGAGGCUGGAGGAGAAAAGGGAGAACGAGCGAAGGGAGCUCGAGAGAGAGAAAGAGAGAGAGAAAGAGCGUCAGAGAGCGUUGGAAGAGGAGAGACAUCACAAAAAGAAAGUGUCCGUGGCAACACCGGAGACUUUGGGUGUGGAGAAAUCCUCACACAAGAAAACACCCGAAAAAGCUCGCCCCAGUUCUCGUGUGUCCUUGGAUGGGAAAGGUACUUCAAAAAUCAACGUCAGCAGGGGCCGGGGACGGAAACAUUGACAUUUAAAGUUUACUUGAUGUCAGUUUGCAAGUUUUUUUUCAUUUUAUAACCAAAUCGGUUCUACACGGGGCAUCCCAUUACGUUGUCUAUGUAGCGAAUUUAAAGACAGUCUUCCUACAUGUAGACUUGCACUCGGCUAUCAAUGCAAUUAGCCUUGUGGUUGCUUGGCACUGUAGAUAUGAAUAUUUCUAUGACAAUCCAAUUGUCAUAAAAGUGUUUCCAUCAUAAGAAAACGGUUACGGAACUUUGCGGGUUCCCUUUGAAAUUCAAUCGCACAAAGUUCAUUCCAAGGCCUCUGAAGUUCACAAAUUGUGAAAUGGAUGUAGUUCAGCACCAAGGACAGGACAUGCUGGGCAAUUAGGAUUUGAAAACAUUUGCUACGAAGAACAUUAAAAAGGGAAAACCUAACGUUACAGGUCUGUUGCUGUUCUCUUAUAUGUGCUAUUGUGUGUGACUAACUGCUAGUAUUCAAAUAAGGAUUUGGAGGACAUGUCCAUUGAUCACCUCCUGCCACUCUCCCCUGUACUAUAAACAUGUCUAUAGUAGUACAUUUUGUAUAUCAAUGAUAUACCUCUGCAAAAAGACAGUCCAAAAUCAAUACAUCCUUGUGAAUCAUUUA